CCACCACACCGACCUGUGACCGGGUGACUUGCACUACCGGGUCAGACAGACAGACUGCAAUGGCGGCGUCGGUGAACGACACAGCCGGCGUGAGCAAUAUGCUGCAGUUUAUGAAGCUUAUCGGACAGCUCAAAAGGGUGCCACGAACCGGGUGGGUGUACAGGAAGGUGAAGCAGCCGGAGAGUGUGUCAGACCACAUGUACCGGAUGGCCAUGAUGUCCCUGACCAUCACCGACCCCGCCGUGGACAAGGACAGGUGUAUAAAGCUGGCACUGGUUCAUGACAUGGCAGAGUGCAUUGUGGGAGAUAUUGCUCCGGCAGACAACGUCAGCAAGGCAGAGAAACACAGGCGAGAGGAGGAAGCAAUGAAGCAUCUGUCAGGUCUUCUGCCUGAGGGACUCAAAAAGGAGAUUUUUGGACUCUGGGAGGAGUACGAGACGCAGAGCAGUCCAGAGGCCAGGCUGGUCAAACAGUUUGACCUUGCAGAGAUGAUCCUGCAGGCUCAUGAGUAUGAGCAGCUGGAGGGCUCGCCUGGACGGCUGCAGGAGUUCUUCGACUCCACCAAUGGUCGUUUCCACCACCCUGACGUGCUCCAGUUUGUCAGCUGUCUGAACGAAGAGAGAAGACAGCUUAUGAGCAACGCCGAGGCAGCAAAGCAUUCUGGGAAGUCGCAGACCCCUAGCACAGAGUGUGCAGGGCCGCACACGCCCUCGCACUCCUCCUGACUGUGACACAGACACACACUCCUCCUCCGCAGAGGGGACGGAGAUGCUGGACUAUAACACAGAUACUGUAUACACACACACACAUCACAUGACUCGGCAUGUGACGAGCGGCCGGAGGGAAUUGGAUCUCGGGGGUUUUCCUCCCUCUGACUAUUCUUUUCACUCAGUUACAGGAGACUGAGGAAGAUUGUCACCGUUAACUCAGGAUAUUUUCAUUGUCCAUGGAGAUACUCCACCAAGCUGUCACUUUUUUGUUUGUUUUAAAGAAGCCUGAUAUAGCCAUCUGCUAUCACACAUAGCGAACAUACACAUAAUUGGAUUAUAUCACAAGCCGUUACACUAUAAGCCAGUUGUUGCAUAAGUGGCUGCAUACCUCAUAAUUUAACAACUGCAGCCGGUCAGUGAAGAAGCUGACCUGAGAGUUUGCUGGCACAUAAGAAAAUGAAGAAGCAGGAGCUGUUUCACUUCACUGCUGUGUUGUUUUAUUAUCAGUAUGUUAGACUAGUAUAUCAGCUUCAUGCUAUUCCACUUACUGUACUUCUGUUGAGUUUAUGAUGUUCUUAUUUCAGCAGAUUGUCCACUAUUUUCAGUAUAUCCACCAGGUGCUGCACAGUAACAACAGUGAUCUGUGAAAUAUGUGAUUUGGUUUGAAACAAUCUUUAAUAUUGAUACAUCAGUCAUAAAUACAGUUAUUUAUAAUGCUAUAUAAUUGUAGGAAUACAGGUGGGUUUGAAUGCCACAGCGUAGUCUUUGGGUUUUUAUAUAUGUGCAUUUCAGGGUUUUAGUAAAAACUUGCUCAUCUUGUUUGUUUUGUUUUUUUUUUAAAUGUGUUUUAAAACUCUCCUCGGUUUCCACUCCAUCAAUUUAAAAUGCAAAUAUACAAUGCAGUUCAUUUGACAAUGACGAGCAUUCAUUACCUCACUUAUUUUCAUAAUAUGACAACUCUCAUGUAUCUCAAGGGAGCAUAAGAAUAUUAUCAGAAAUACACAUUGUGAAAGUGAAUUGAAAGUUAAAUGAACCCAGACUGUUUUCAAACUACAGAAAAGAAAUAAUAAAAAAAAUAAAAGCAAGAGCUAACACUGAAAUGAUGAGAUGAGAAAAGGAACAAAAUAGAUUUUUUUUUUUUUUUUAAAUAAUGAAAGCACAAGCUUGCUUCAUUGUGGAAGAUUUUGCAGUGGACACACACACAAAAGAAAAAGCACAAAAAGGUUUCAUUUACACAAAACCAUCCAAUCUGCUUUUUAAUCCUUGUGGCACAACUCUUUUCAUAACCAUCUAAACAGU